AAAAUAAAAGUCAUCUCUUGAAACUCUUUUCUUUUCUUCUCCACUCAAGAGCUCGAAGCCAAGAAGAAGGGGAAAAGAAGAAAAAAAAGGACAGAGAGCAGAGCCGAAAGAUGAAAACCCUCCGCGAAGCCCUAAUAUUCUCCUCCAUUUCAUAACAAGAGCAAGAAGAAUCUGUCUGCCUUUGAUUCUGGCGAACAAGCAGCAGUGGUGGGAGAGGAGUUUAGUAGAUGCGGCGGCCAUGGAAGGAGGUUACGAACAGCACGGCGGCGGUGGCAGAUACUUUCACAACCUUUUCCGACCAGAGAUUCAUCAGUUUCAGCCUCAGCCUCCGAAUCUUGACCAGCUCCAUCACCAACAUCAACAACCGGGUUCCGACGAUUCGAGGGACUCCGAUUCGCAGAAGGAUCAGCCGGGUCGACCCGACUCCGACCCGGCUACGUCCAGCUCGACACCGGCGAAGCGGCCACGUGGACGGCCUCCGGGAUCCAAGAACAAGCCCAAGCCUCCGGUCAUAGUCACGCGAGACAGCCCCAACGCGCUUAGAUCUCAUGUUCUUGAAGUCUCUGCUGGCGCCGACAUCGUCGAGAGCGUCUCCACCUACGCUCGCCGCCGAGGGAGAGGAGUCUCCAUCCUCGGAGGCAACGGCACCGUCUCCAACGUCACUAUCCGGCAGCCCACGGCGGCUACCGGCGGCGGAGCAGGCGGAGGAGGAGUCGUCACCUUACAUGGGAGAUUCGAGAUUCUUUCGCUGAUGGGCACGGUUCUUCCGCCGCCGGCACCGCCUGGGGCAGGUGGGUUGUCGAUAUUUCUGGCCGGAGGGCAAGGUCAGGUGGUCGGAGGGACGGUGGUAGCGCCGCUGGUGGCAUCUGGUCCGGUGAUUCUAAUGGCGGCUUCGUUUUCGAAUGCUGUCUUCGAGAGGCUUCCGAUCGAGGAGGAGGAAGAAGGAGGAGGAGGAGGAGGUGUCCAUCACGUGCCACCUCAGUCAACGUCUCCGCCGUCUGGGUUGACCACCGGAGGUGGAGGAGGAGGAGGUAAUGUCGGUGGUGGUUAUGGUUUUUCCGGUGACCCUCAUCUGGUUGGAUGGGGAGCCGGAAAUGCUUCGCGACCACCUUUUUAAUUUCUCGGUUCCAAUUUAAAUAUUGUGUUCGAAUUCUAUAACUAUAAUCUCUUUUUCUCUUUUAUCAUUCCGACAUCUUCGUAUGUAUCAUUACUUUGGUCUUUUUCUCGUUUAUUUAGUUCCAUUCAUA